AUGAAGCAAACCUACUAUGUUAGUAUGGGUCCUAUGGGCUAUAUAAGCCAAGAAAAAUCUGAAAUGACAGUUUGGCGUGGCCACGCCCAAUUUUCCAUGAAAGUCAAGAUCGCGAGGGUCAGAAACACACCCUUUGGUAGAGAGCUCUCGCGACAGAUGGUGUUGUGCCGAGUGUGCCCAUUUGGCAGAAACGAGUCACUAGACCCUAUCGACAUGGUUUAUCAGCACUGCCUACUACUUCUCAGAAGACUAGCGCCGCAGACGUCACUCCAGGACCUCAGCCUAGAGUGCUUUCUUCAUUCGCCUACCGACCACUUAGAGCUUGUCGACGCGGACAAUGCUGAAGAUAUACGCAUCGAGGGGGAGCAUGAAGUUGUGUACACGCCGUCAUUCUCUAUGUCACCUAUGCGCACCGCCGACUUGCCUGAAUCAUGCAAAGCAAUCCGUCACAUACAGGCAUGCAGGACCUGCAUAAUGCCUACUAACGACGAGGGGCAAUCUCUCACUUCAGUCCAGGGAAAGAUUAUGACGGGCGAAGGGGUCUUGAUGUAUUUCAAACCGCGAAUAGAUUUUCGUGAACCAGAAUUCGAGCAUGAGCUCCGGAUUAUGUCACGUAUUGACGAAGCUGGUCUAAGAGCCCGGAUCAAAGUCCCCAGACUGCAUGGUAUCGUGGUUUCAGGCGAGAACGGAGAAACAACCAUAGGACUUCUGAUGACCAUGAUCACCUCAUCUGGAAUGGGACCAACUUGGAAAGCCCAGGCCUCCAGAGCAAGGUUGCGUUACACAAAAAUUGGGAACAGCAAGUCACUGCCACCGUACAGGAGCUGCAUGCCCAUGGGCGCAGGCGCUUUGAAAAUCCUCUUAGACGACGAGAGACGCGAGACUGUCGAGGGUGACGAGCAGGGUUUAACGAGGCUGUUCCAGGAAUGGCUACCGAGUCACGCUCAGCCCCACGAGGAAGGUCCGUAUACCACCUGGACGCAAAGAAUGGCACAACUUUCUGAAUAG